AGAACUUUCUAAACUGUAGUGUACACUGGUGCGAUAAGUUAAAGUGAAAUGAAGUAUAUUUAUUUCACUCUAACUUAUUAUUCCAAUAUGCACCAUUUCGGAGAGUUCUUCGAAAAGGUACAGUUUACUAAAGCGAGAGUUUCCCGCGUGUAUCAUCCGUGUGUAUCAAAAACAUAAACAAUCUCACAUGCCAAUCAGAUUAUUCCCGGUGUUAUAUUGAUGUCAAUGUAAAAUGAAUAUAAUAAAUGCCAUUCAGAGACGAGAGAAUGGACUUGAAUCAAUACAUGAUUAUGAUAUUCCUUUGUAUCGCUUGACGUGCUGGUACGACGAUGUAUAUCAUGGGAUAGCAUCAAAUAUGCGCAGAUAUGACAUUGACUCGGAGCCACCAGUAUUUGCAUGUCGUUUUUGUACAAAACCAGGAUAUGAGGAAGUUCUUGGUUUGGCAAACGAAGAUGGACGCAUCGCUCUUCAAGAUACAAAAGUUAAAGGAAGAAAUAAUGAGCCGCUAGAAGGAGUACAGGCACAUGCUAAUGCAAUUUUUGAUAUUGCUUGGAUGCCUGGAGAAUUAAAACUAGUCACAGUAGCGGGAGAUCACACAGCACGCUUAUGGGAUGUCAGCACAUUUGGAAGAUCAGAUAUCAAAGAAUUGGGUUGUUUUCGUGCACAUACAAGAAGUGUAAAAACUGUAGCGUUUCGUUAUCAAGAUAAAGCGGUUUUUGCAACGGGAGCUAGGGAUGGUGUAAUUAUGAUAUGGGAUGUUAGAGCUAAUCAUCUUAGUCAACCUAGACCAGACAAUAGUAUUACCUAUGGACAUCCUGUUGGUAAUACAGCCAAAAAAAGACGGAAGUUACUGCAACCAUCACGAUCACAAAGCAUCACUGGUUUAACAUUUCAGGAUGACUUUACGUUAAUCUCAUGUGCUGCAGGCGAUGGUUUCAUCAAAAUAUGGGAUUUACGCAAGAACUAUACAGUCCAUAAGAAAGAACCAAUUGCCAAGCAUCAAAUUAAGUAUACAGGAAACAGCUCCAGGAACGGCUUCUCCUCAUUGUCGCUGUGUCCGGCCAGGAUCACGUUGUACGCAAGUUGCAUGGACCACGUCAUAUAUUCUUACAACGUCUCAUCACACAGCCACGAGCUUUUGGCGACGUAUUACGGACAUCAAAACCAUACGUAUUAUGUGAAGACCUGCCUAAGCGCUGAUGGUCGUUACCUUGCCAGCGGAUCUAGCGACAAUCUCGCGUACAUUUGGCGCGUCAACAAACCGGGUAAACCGUUGAUCAGGCUAUCAGGCCACAGAGAAGAAGUUACCUGCAUCGCCUGGUGUAACGUGGGUGACACAAAGAUAGUAACGUGCUCAGACGAUUCCUACCACAGAAUAUGGAAAGUUGGAUACGAGCACAAAACGGAGAACGAGGAAAUAGAAGUACGCGGUCGGGCUCAGCUGGUUACAGAUGAGAAUGUGUACAUGGGCGGAAUAAGAACUCCUUCAACUACCACUCGACUUUGCGACAGGACCCCGGGCUCGGAUAACGGCUCGCCUGCCAUUCCUGGGCCUAGCAACGACGAGCACGACGCCGGUCACUGUGUAGAGCAUCCGAACACACCUAUCGCAAAUACGCUGAAACGUAGCUACUCUCAAAUGGUAGCAAGAGCGAGGUCCGAGGGGAAAUUGAACCUUGUUUUAUCUCCUAUCGGCGAGAACAGCGACGAGGCGGCUGCGAAACGAAUGCGCACGGAGUGCCGUAGCGCGCGGAGAUUAUUAUUUAGCACUGGCGAUAAGAGCGCUUCGGGCUCAAGCAAGAAUCACGACUCGGAUGAAUCCCACGCGAGUGAGUCUGCGUCCGUGAGCGACAGAAAUGUAGAGACUCUUUGCUCGCCCACGGUGAACUUGCCAAAUUUCGUGAUUGACGGUACUGCGCCGCACUUGCUUCAAAUAUCGCCGCAAAAGCAGAAAGAGAACGUCGAUUGGUUGACAAAAAUUAGGAAAGAGAGGUACGAACAAAAGGUUGGCAAGUUCACCCUGGGUAAGCCGAGUAGUCCCAAAGGCCAGACGACACCUGCUCGAAGGACUACCAGGUCACGAUCGCAUGAUCCCCAAAAAGCGUCGAAAACGACGGUGUUCUCCCUGUUGGAUUUCUUCAAAGCUCUUAAUAGCGAUUGCGAAAAAAAUCCUCCCACCGCUGACAAUAAGAGUGCUGACGUACCUUCGACGAGUAACACCGUAAACACCGAGUGAUAGACUAUACAUUUAUUUAAUUACAUUAAAUUACAAUAAAAAUUCGCAGAUCGGUCUUUCAGAUAUUGCGAGGUAGUUUGUAUAUAAAAGUGUCCAUUUCACAUCUCUGCUUCAUCAUUGAUCUCUUCUCAUUCAUUUUAUCUCUGUAUAUAAUUUUAUAUUCCCAGCAUUAUAUAUAAUCCCCUUACAAUUAAAGAACAGAAGCUUUAAACUGUGUUCCGCGUUUCUCAACAAUGACAUGUUAAAGAGAGAACAGAAAAUAUGUAUAUUUUAUAUUAAUAUAUAUACACACAUAUAUAUAUAUAUAUACAAAUUUGUAUACAAGGUGUCUCCACGCGAAUUUAAGUACAAUACCCGCUGUGCGAGUAGAGCGCGCCAAAGUGAAUAGAAACAAUCUUAUACCAUUUCUUGCAUUGUUAUCGAUAGAUAAUGCUUAUGUUAUUAAGAGAUUAAUUAAAAAAAAUUCACGGAUAAUCGACGAAUGAGUGUUGGCACACAUUGCGUUGGCACAAGCUCUGUAGGGAUGAGCUCUAGGAAUUUCUUUAAUUAAUAUCUUAUAAUCUUUGUAAUUCAGGAAGCCAUUACAAUGGAGUGGAGAAGACCAGAUUUUUUUUCUUUUUACCAACGUAUUUUCUGACAUGAAAAAUUUAUGAAAAAUUUCUAAUUCAAAGGCUACAAAAGUCAUCCGAAAAAUCUUCCAGAUUAUAAAGGUUAAUAACAAAGUCGUGAAAAAUGGUAUAAAGGACUUUACUAUUCAGAUUAAUACAUUCUACCUGUAAGUCACGUGCUUAAAUUUAAACGCCCUGUAUAUCAAUUAUUUUCUGAAGUGAAAUUAUAAAGACUGAUAUAUAAUUGAUGGAAUCGAGAGCUCAAUUAAUUAAGAGGCGAAAAUAGUAGCUUAAUCACAGUUAUGCGACUAAUCUGAUAUCUUCUUCAGUCUUAUGCGAAGGAUUCAACGGGCUUCCUUGUAUUGAUAUAUGAUAAUGAAUAUACAUUUUACUCGAUUCAUAUUCAUCUAGAAACCCUUUUGUUUCCAUUAAUUAUAUAUCUAUAUUUUACCGAAAGCUUCUAGCUUGUAUAAAAAUCGUAAAGAGAGUGAUAAAAAAAACUUAUACUCUGAUUCACAAUUGAUGAAAAGUUCAAAAUAAAUUACUAGUAUUAUCCAUUAUAAUGUACCUUGUAUACUUUUUAAAAUCAGCAUAUAUGAUAAGAUAAUUAGAUCACGUUUGAUCUGAUAUAGUCAAAUUUCUAACGCAAAUAAUAGGCUGAGAUCUUUAUUAAAUUUAAUGUAAAUUGACAAUUAUAGAGUUAAUGGGUCUUUUGUACAAUAAGUUAUUUUUUAAAAAAGUAUAUAUUGAAUAAAAUAAUAUUUUUAUACUACACCUGAACUUGCGCUUUGUUCUUUCUUAUUCUUUUACGAUGAAAAUUUUUU